AUGGAAGAACAGGAUGCUAAAGCAGCCAAUGAGGAUAACCAACAAGGGGCUAUUUGGGACUACAUAAGGCCGGUUGUCAAUAACAACUGUUCUGGCAUCGCACGCCCAGCAAUUGCUGCAAACAAUUUCGAACUGAAGCCAAGACUUAUACACAUGGUACAGCAGAAUCAGUUUGGGGGAGCUCCAACAGAAGACCCAAAUGCUCAUUUAGGGUCCUUUCUGGAGAUCUGUGAUACAGUGAAAAUGAAUGGUGUUACUGAAGAUGCAAUCCGACUCCGCCUAUUUUCCUUUUCCCUAAGAGACAAAGCCAAGGCAUGGUUCCAAUCAUUGCCGUAUGGAUCCAUCACAACUUGGGAGGGGUUAGCGCAGAAGUUUCUUACAAAAUUCUUUCCACCUUCGAAAGCAGCAAGAUGCCCUCAGCAUGGUUACCCGGAUUGGUUGCAGAUACAAACCUUCUACAACGGUUUGAAUGGUCAGACACGGAUAGUGCCGAGUGAGCGUUCAAGUGCAAAGAAAGUUGCUGGCCUUUAUGAAGUAGAUCCUAUAACCGUCCUUGUAGCUCAAAUGUCAUCUUUUACUAAUCAAAUAGCUGCAUUGACUUCACAUGGAUCACAAAAGAAAUCAGAAUCUACUAUGGCUGCAUCCACUGCAUACCAAAAAGUUGAAAGGGAAAAUGAACAACUUCAGUAUGUGAACGAUCGGAAUUUCAAUCAAAAGGAAAACUACUCAAGAAACAACUAUUAUCAAGGGUUCAAUAAUCAAGAGUUUGAGCGAAAGCCAUCACUAGAAGAUAUUUUAGGAACCUUCAUUUCAGAGACUAGAUCGAGGUUCAACAAAGAUGAGGCAAGACUUGACAGCAUUGAGACACAUAUGACCAACUUGGGGACUACAGUGAAGAAUUUGGAGGUACAGAUUGAGAUUAACCCACGGGAACACUACAAUGCAAUCACCCUAAGAAGUGGUAAACCAGUUGAAGAACGCAAGCUUAGAGAGGUUGGGGUACCUACAUCGGACCCCAUUCUUGCAAGGGAAAAGCAGACUGAAGGGCAGAAAACUGACGCAGAGAGGUAUUUGAAGAAGGAGUUUGAUGAAAAAUUCGUAAAGUUUCUGGAAGUCUUCAAGAAAAUCCACAUCAACAUUCCCUUUGCAGAAACCUUGGCCCAAAUGCCUAACUAUGCCAAGUUCUUAAAGGAAGUGAUGUCAAAGAAGAGACAGUUGGAGGAAUUUGAGACUGUUAAGCUGACAGAGGAGUAUCCUGGCAACUUCAACAUCCCGUGCAAUAUUGGUGGCAUCACAUUUGAUAGCGCACUAUGUGACCUUGGAGCUAGCAUAAAGUUGAUGCCCUUAUUAGUGUUCAAAAAGUUGGGUCUUGAAAAAGUGAAUCCCACAACACUUACCUUGCAACUAGCGGACAAAUCGAUCACAUAUCCCAAAGGCAUUAUUGAAGAAGUGUUGGUGAAGGUUGAUAAGUUCAUCUUUCCGGUGGACUUUGUGGUAUUGGACAUGGAGGAGGCUGAGAAAGUAUCAUUGAUUCUUGGCCAACCUUUCCUGGCUACUGGAAGAGCAUUGAUUGAUGCGCAAGAAGGAAAGUUGACACUACGAGUUAAUGAAGAGGAAGUAACUUUCAACAUCCAUCAAGAAAAGAAAGCCCCAGAAAAAGGAAAAGUUGACACUUGCAAAAUGAUCCAAUCAGUUGAAGUAAUUGCAGGAACAGAGAAAAAAGGGAAUUAUUUUAUGAUCCAAAUGAAGAAAGCAGUGGAUUUCAUCUUAGCUCAAGAAGCUAACCCACCUGACAAAAAAAAGAGCUAUGUAGAUAGGCUUUUGAAACCUCCAAACAUUACCAAACCAAAAGAGGUCUUGAAAGCCAUACCAGGGUCAAAACAGCCUAAGUUUGAUCACCAUCUUACAAUGAAGGAGAAAUGUGCCACCUGA